AUGGCUUUAUCGUUCUCUUUUCCUUGCCCGAUAACCACAUCUGAUAAACUCGAAGAGCUUUAUAUUAAGUACGGAGUUGAUCGUGCUGUUGUUACCGAUUUGGCGUCUUCGUCUAAAACUCCGGAGACACAUCUCAUAGCUUUCUCCGUUCGAGCUAGGGAAGAAGGCCUUUCUUUUGGUCUCGAUGAAUUUCGUCAAUUUAUGUUAGUGAAGAGGAACGAGCAGAGUCCCGGGACCUUUCUCGUAUCUACACGCCCAGGUCGCCAUGUUAUCGAGAACAUUUCGUAUCGUGACGACUUCUGGCGAGAAGAGUUCUUUGUUUUCAAGGUCGAUCGAGCAUCGGUGGGAGACUUCGACUUCUCUCGUCUUCAAAGGAAUUGGAUUACAGGCAUAGCUCGCUUGGGUCAAUCGAGUUUCUCGGAUCAAGUUCGAGGUCUUUUACACGCUUUCCGAUGCGGUCAGGUUCAAUGGGAGAGUUUUAGCAUGGACAGGAUUCGGUCGGCGUUUCUUCUUCCUCGUGGUGAGGGCAUUGCUCCGACUAUCGGGGAAGUUACUCCGACGUCGGGUUGGCUCGAGGCUUCUUCUUCGGAGCCACCUCAGGAUUUAGCUUUGACUCGGUCUUCUAGACGUCGACCUAGAAGAUCGUCCUUUCAUGCGUCUAGGUCGAUUCUGCGAAUAGGUACCGGUACUGGCGACUCCCAGAGAUCACCGAUCUCGCUGAGCUCGGGCUCGCAGGGGAAUUCGGCUUCGCCUAGUCGUGGCCGUGCUGGUCCACCUCAGUCCGAUAUUCCUGAUUCAUCGCGUUCCCGUUUGAGGAGCAGAUCAAAAAGGCAGAGGGUCGAGGAUGUCGGUCCGGCCGAAGUCGAUCUUGGAGGAAGCGACGCUCCUCAGGCUGCAAGUUCCUCAUUCUUUGCUUCCAAAGAGAGGGAAGCUUAUGCUAAGAUUGCUGCCGCCAAUGUUUUGGCUAUGGAUGCUUGUAAGGAGCUUGUUUCGGCGAUGAGGAAUCAUGCCGAAUCUUCCCAGAGAGAUGCAGACAUCGAGAGUGUGGCUCUCGAUAUUAGGAGAAUUUUGAGGGAGCUGGACAUCGCGAAGCUCGAGGGAAAGAGAGAUGCUGAGAAGAUCAAGGCGAUGAUUGAAGAUUGGGAGAGACUUUCCUUCGAGAGGGCGAUGUUCGAAUCGGAGGUUACUGCCCAGAAGGUUAGGAUCGAUGAGCUCAAAUCCGAGAGGGAUCGAGAUGUCAGGCGAGCCGUCCGGACCGCACGUCUUAAGGCUUUAACCAUGACCCUAGAGUGUAUUCGAUUUUUUUAA